AUGACCGAAGCAGACCUGUACACGGUGUACAAAGGGGUAUUGCUCCCCACUCUUAUACACCCUCCGCAGAGUUUAAAGCGGUUCGAGACAUUCACGUUUCGUCCCGAUGACGUUGUCAUUGUGACGUACCCCAAGUCCGGUACAACUUGGAUGCAAGAAAUCCUCCCCCUGAUCAUGAGCGGUGGAGAUCCUGCUUCAGUGGAGACCCUGCACAACUGGGAUCGUGUACCCUGGCUAGAGGAGGCUCGCACUUGCAGCCUCAAUCUUGAUGACAGGCCAUCACCACGCAUGUUCACCACCCAUUUCCUUCCCCAUAUGAUGCCACCAUCCUUCUUUCAAGUUAAGCCCAAGGUCAUUUAUGUCAUGAGGAACCCCAAAGAUGUAUUCACAUCCUCCUUCCAUUAUUGCUCCAUGGCCUCCUUCCUGGUUGACCCUGGACCACAGAGCGAGUUCCUCCAAAAGUUCCUCAAAGGGGAAGUUAUAUUUGGCUCAUGGUUCCAUCACGUAAAGAGAUGGCUUGAGUAUAAAGAGCGAAUAUUUUACAUCUGCUAUGAAGAAAUGAUAAAGGAUCUUAAAGACUCUGUGGCCAGACUCGCUCUGUUCCUGGAGAAAACCUUGGACGCCGAUGUGAUUGAAAAGAUAGCAGAGCGAUGUGUGUUCAAGAACAUGAAAAAGAAUAACAUGUCCAACUACUCGGCAGUUCCCAAUGAAAUCAUGGACACCACAAAGUCACAAUUUCUCAGGAAAGGAAUAGCUGGAGAUUGGAAAAACCAACUGACAGCAGUGGAAGUGGAAAACUUUGAUGCUGUUUACAGAGAGAGCAUGAAAAAUGUUGAUUAUGAAUUUGCCUGGGAUUAA